GGGGUUGUGAAAAAAAUGGUUGUCACGAUAUUUAGCUAGGCAAUCUACAAAUGACAGAUACAUAUAAAAUUAUACAGAGUACACUAUCCAUGUCAGGGUCCAAGAAGGAUUUUCGCAGAAUUGUGCAACUUUUUUUUCAUAGACAGCAAUAUUUUAUCUUGUCUGCAAACCCAUCGUGAAUUGGACUGCUGAGUGACUUAACCAGGUGGUGUUGGCACCUUUGUGUGCCAUCUCAUUCCAAGUCCCAGAGGAACCUUAAUACAGUAGAAGAUGAACGGCCUGUCCAUUAGAGAGCUCUGUUGCCUGUUCUGUUGCCCUCCUUGCCCCAGCCGCAUCGCAGCCAAGCUGGCCUUCCUCCCUCCAGAGCCCACCUACUCCAUGCUGCCUGACCCGGAGGCUACAGCUGCAGCAGCAGCCGGGACCACGCCAGGGGGUGCUCCCCCCUCUCUGGGGGCUCCGGGCCUGCGCUCCCGGCUGGGUGGCGGUGCGGGAGACAGAGGUGGUGGAGGGGGAGGAGGUGGCGGAGAGGGCAGGUGGAAGCUCCAUCUGACAGAGAGGGCAGAGUUCCAGUACACUCAGAGAGAGCUGGACAUGACAGACGUGUUCCUGACCAGGUCCAGCCGGGGGAACAGGGUGGGCUGCAUGUACAUCCGAUGUGCCCCCAACGCCAGGUUCACAGUACUAUUCUCCCAUGGUAAUGCAGUAGAUUUGGGUCAGAUGAGUAGCUUCUACAUUGGCCUGGGCACGCGUAUCAACUGCAACAUCUUCUCCUACGACUACUCUGGCUACGGUGUCAGCACUGGCAAACCCUCAGAGAAGAACCUCUACGCUGACAUAGACGCUGCCUGGCACGCCCUGCGCUCGCGGUAUGGUAUCAGCCCAGAGAACAUCAUCCUGUAUGGGCAGAGUAUUGGCACAGUACCAACAGUGGACCUGGCGUCCAGGUUUGAGUGUGCUGCUGUGGUGCUCCACUCCCCUCUCACCUCUGGCAUGAGGGUGGCUUUCCCCGACACCAAGAAGACGUACUGCUUCGACGCCUUUCCCAACAUAGAGAAGGUGUCUAAGAUCCCAUCCCCGGUGCUGAUCAUCCACGGGACGGAGGACGAGGUGAUAGACUUCUCCCACGGCCUGGCUCUGUUUGAGCGCUGUCCCAAGGCCGUGGAGCCACUCUGGGUGGAGGGGGCGGGACACAACGACAUAGAGCUGUACAGCCAGUACCUGGAGAGACUACGACGCUUCAUCAACCAAGACCUGGCUGCAGCACACGCCUGAGUGAGGAGGUGGGGAUGUGUGUGUGUAAGGAGCUGUACAACAACAUCAAACUACAGCCUUAAGUCUGUAGAAAAGGAGCAUCCACUAUGCUGUAAAUCUGUCUGGCUGUGUGUCUGGCUGUGUGUCUGGCUGUGUGUCUGGCUGUGUGUCUGGCUGUGCGUCUGGC